GGAAGCCGGCGUCCACGACGCAGCUGCUCAAGCUUGGGAUGGCAAAACAGAAGAGAAAAGUUCCUGAAGUGACGGAGAAAAAGAACAAAAAGCUGAAGAAGGCCUCAGCAGAGGGGCCACUGCUGGGCCCUGAGGCCGUGCCAAGCGUCGAUGGAGCCAGCUCCAAGGGAGGAGCUGUGCUCAGGCCUGUGCCGGACGCAGAGCUGGAGCUGUCCCCAGAAGAGCAGAGGGUCCUGGAAAGGAAGCUGAAAAAGGAACGGAGGAAAGAGGAGAGGCAGCGUCUGCGGGAGGCAGGCCUUGCAGCCCAUCACCCGCCUGCCAGGCGCUCGGGAGCUGAGCUGGCCCUGGACUACCUCUGCGCAUGGUCCCAAAAGCACAAGAACUGGAGGUUUCAGAAGACAAGGCAGACGUGGCUCCUGCUCCACAUGUAUGACAGAGACAAGGUUCCCGAUGAGCACUUCUCCACCAUGCUGGCCUACCUGGAGGGGCUGCAGGGCCGGGCCCGCGAGCUGACGGUCCAGAAGGCAGAAGCUCUGAUGCGGGAGCUGGACGAGGAGGACCCCGAUCCCCUCCUGCUGGGGAGGGUCCAGCGCAUCCGGCAGGUGCUGCAGCUGCUCUCCUAGCGGGUUCAGCGCGGGACGGGGCCACUGCCCAGCGCAGGGCGGCCUCGGACCACACAGGGUGCAGCUCCUCCGGCGGUGGGGGCCGGGAUCACCAGCACCAGAGCCUCGCAAGGGCCCCUUCUGUCCUCCAG